GUCUCCAGAGCCAGCAGAGGGAGGAGGCGCUUUUGCCCCAAUGUGGCUUUUCUUUUAAAGUCUCUUUCUUUUGCAUAAUGAGAAUGUAUUAAAUGUUUACUCGGGGCUGACAUGUUUUCGCCGGAGCUGCUGUGCGUUUGCAGUCAGAACCCGAGCUGAUCGUUGCAUCAUUUUUCCGCCCCAUGGCACGGGCAACGUGCUCCUUGGAAGACUUUGGUGACAGCCGCACGCAGAAAGCCAGCUAGCGUUACACAAUAGAUCACAGUAGGAUCUCCUUCUCUUUUGUGCAGGAAACCUGCCCCAGGAUCCACUCCGGAAAGAAGACCACCAACCAUAACUUAACGUAAUCUAUUCAUUCUUUGCAAAGGGACACGGAUCGCCUUACGAGGAUCCUGACAAGUUGCUGUUGGAUCGUCAAGGGCUGCGAAAACAGAACUGUCAAAGUGGGAAAGUGACAUCUGACUGACACCGACACUGGAAUACUGCACGCUUUUGUGUAUUUGAGGUUUUUGUUUGUUUUGUUGGGGUUUUUUUUGGUGGGGAGGAAAAAACCUGGCAGUGCGGGGAUUGCACUUUUUUGAGACUUGGGCUUGUUUACAUUUUAAGAACUUUCACAUCUGUCUCGUUGGAUCAUUUCACGACCACAGGCUCAGUGUUUGUCAAUGAUAUCAAAGUUCAGCCUGGUGCGGAUGACGUCAUAGCCCCAAGCUGCACACAGGACAUUCAAACCAUUUCUGUGUCUCCCCUCCGCUUGUCCUUGGUCGCUGUGCGUUCGCUUCGUCUCCGGGGCGCUUUAACUCUCUGAUGUGAAGCAGAUUAUUGUAGGAGACCCUGGGAGGUGUUGAUGGGCGAUAUUUUUUUUACAAUCGGUAAGAAAAGAAGGGUCACAAAAUCACUUCAGGAAUGGAUACGCUUAAUAUCGCGGUGCUGAAGAAAGCCACGGAGCUGGAGCAGAUGACAGAGGUUCUUAUCAUUGGAGAACAGCUAAGAUUUAGGCUGCAUGAGGAGAAAAUCAUUAAGGACAGGAGACACCAUCUGAAGACUUACCCAAACUGCUUUGUGGCUAGAGAGGUGGUCGACUGGCUUAUCGAGAGAAAAGAAGCCUCGGACAGAGAGAUAGCAAUAAAACUCAUGCAGAAGCUGACGGAUAGCAGCAUUAUCCAUCACGUGUGCGACGAGACCAAGGACUUCAAAGACGGAAAAAGUUUUUACCGCUUCAGAAAGGACGAUGGGACGUUUCCUCUGGAUCAAGAGGUGAAGGUUUUCAUGCGCGGGCAGCGGCUGUAUGAGAAGAUAAUGAAUUCUGAUAACACGCUGCUGCUUGCAAGAGAAGAGGACGGCGCGAAGUACGAGCGUACGUUUGUGGCUUCCCAGUUUGUCGACUGGUUGAUUCAAGAACAAGAGGCCAAGUCCAGGAGUGAAGCCGAGCAGCUGUGCCGGCGGCUGUUGGAACACGCCGUAAUCCAGCACGUGGCGAGCAAGUAUCACUUUGUGGACAGCGGCCUUUUAUAUCAGUUCAGGCUGAACUUUAGACGAAGACGAAGACUCAUGGAACUUCUGAAUGAAAAACCCCAAGCGGUUUUAGAGAGCCACGACAGUCCCUUCUGUCUGCGCAAACAAAGCCACGACAAAGCCACCAGCUUUCAGUCCGUGAGCCCCACCAGCGAGGUAAAGCCUAUCUCGGCAGUGAGGAGGAGUAGUCUGAGCGGUACCAGCAGCACCAGCGGGUAUUUCCGUAACAUUCCCAUCGUUUGUACCAACACUCCCGUGGUGCUGUGUAACCCGCGGUCAGUGUUGAAAAGACCCGUUACUCUGGAUGAGCUCCUCGCCCCCGGGGCUCCUUACAAUAGGAAGACUCUCACUAUUGUCAGCGAUGCAGUAGGAUGGGGAUUCGUGGUCCGUGGAAAUAGUCCGUGUCAUAUACAAGCCGUGGAUCCCAGCGGCCCCGCCGCAGCAGCUGGGAUGAAGAUCUGCCAGUUUGUGGUGUCCGUGAACGGGCUCAACGUUCUAGAGUGCGACUUCAGACAAGUGAGCAACAUCAUCCUAAACGGUCCACGGACUAUAGUCAUGGAAGUCCUGGAGGAAACCAAACCGUGAAACGCAUCGGGGGGGGGGGCCGUGACCGUCUCAACGGAACCAAAGUUUUAACAAUAAAAAAACCCACAACUCUAUGGAAACAUUUCCAGCUCCGUCCAAAACGAGCUCUUAUUCUGGAGCCUUGUAGCAAAUUCUAGCAGCUACAUGAUAAAACUUGAAGAGAGUUAUCUCAUUCGCCAUAGUUGUCUUUUACAAUGAAUAAGCUGUGCUCAGAUUCUAUAUGUACUGUAAUUAUAUAUAUAUAGAUAGAUAUAUAUAUGUGUGUGUUAUGUGUGUCGCAUAUGUAGUGUACACUUUGAUGAUUGUUGGAUGUGUUUAAGAAGUGCCAAUAUGGAGUCACGUUGAUAUUGGUGAAAACGCGUCACUCGCACAGGAAAUGCCGCUCGAUAGCUCCAUGGUGAUUGUCGGACUACACUUCCCACGAUGCCUCUCUCCAAGUAUUUUGUACAUUUUUAAUACAGCCAGAUUCACAAAACAAGCAAAAA